AGCUGGUGUGUCCCUCUCUGGAGGAGGAUUUCGCCUGAGGAUGUGGGAUGGGUGGGGAGCCUGUCUCCUCCCUCCGACCGUAGAAAAGGAGGGGUUCCCACCCCAUGGCAAGGCUGCCACCUGAGCUCUGCUCUCACACCGACGCAGCCUCAUCCCAGCUGCUGGUCCCCAGCUCUGACAGGAGCCCUUCGAGCUGGUUGGCAGCAAGUAACAUGGCGGAGGAGCUGUCUAAAGAGCAGGUGGCCGACUUCAAGGCAGCCUUCAACCGGUUUGACAAGGAUGGGGACGGUACCAUCAACGUGCAGGAGCUGGGCGACGUCAUGCGGACCCUGGGCCAGAACCCGUCAGAGGCAGAGCUGAAGGACAUCAUCGCCCGAGUGGACACCGACGGCGACGGUGCCAUCAGCUUCCAAGAGUUCCUGGCGGAGAUGGUCAAGAGGAUGAAGUCCUGGGGCGGCGAGCAGGACAUGAAGCACGUCUUCCGCGCCUUCGACCUGGACGGUGACGGAUACAUCACCGUGGACGAGCUCAAGAAGGCCAUGGUCCAGGUGGGGGAGAAGCUCUCCCAGGAGGAGCUGGAGGCCAUGAUCAAGGAGGCGGACGUGGACCAGGACGGGAAGGUGAACUACGAGGAGUUUGCACGCAUGCUCACCGAGAAGUGAGGCCCGGCCUGGCCGUGUCCUCCGCCCGCCUGACUCUGGCUCUGGUGGCCCCUGCGGGUGCGCUGGGCCGUGAAGGCGAAGUCUGGGUGGUGGGACAGCUAGCCCCCCUUGGUCUAGGUUCUGUACUGUCAGGAGCCCCUCUGCCCCCGGGGGACCUGGGGCUGCCCCUGUGCUUCUCCGCAGUGAAUGGGGUGCUCCCUACCUCACAGGGCUGUUGUGAGGAACCCCAACACCAUGUGGUGGUCCAAAUAAAAGGAAUGUGAGCUCCAA